UUUCGUUUCCCGCCGGCGUCUCCUCCCCGCGGGACCCGCCCCGCUAGCCGGCGGCCCGACGGGCACUGCGCCCCCGCCGCCGCGGCCAUGGCCCAGGCUGCCGCGCUCGCGGAGGUGACCCAGGUGCUAUGCGCGGCCGGGGGCGCCUUGGAGCUGUCGGAGCUGCGGCGCCGCUUGCGGGGCGGCGUCGGCGCGGACGCGCUGGAGCGGCUGCUGCGGGAGUCCCCCGGCCUCCUGGUGGCGACGCGGGCGGACGCGGGCGGCGCGGCCGCGGUCCCCGAGCGGGUGGUGCUGGCCGUCUCCGCGCUGCGCCUGUGUCGCGGCCACCAGGGCCUCAAGCCCACCUGCGCGGGGCUCUGCGGGCAGCUGCACUUCUGCAAGUUUAUGGUCCUGGGCGCCUGCAAGUUCCUCAAAACCGGGAAGAACUGUAGAAACAGUCACACCUUGACAACUGAGCAUAACCUGAGUGUGCUGAAAACUCAUGGCGUUGAUCAUCUCAGCUACAGUGAACUCUGCCAGCUCUUGUUUCAGAACGACCCCUGGCUUUUGCCAGAGAUCUGCCUUCAUUACAACAAAGGAGAUGGACACCAUGGCUCGUGUUCCUUUAGAAAGCAAUGUGUCAAACUCCAUGUCUGCCAGUACUUUGUACAGGGUGAAUGCAAGUUUGGCACAGGCUGUAAGAGAUCCCAUGAUUUCUCUAAUUCUGAAAAUCUGGAAAAACUGCAGAAGUUGGGCAUGAGCUCAGACCUGGUGAGGAGGCUGCCUUCCAUUUAUAGAAAUGCUCAUGACAUCAAGAAUAAGAGCUCUGCCCCUGUCCCACAGGCGACUUCUGAAAGAAGAGACAGUUCAGGUUCUGUGUCCUCAACAACUACUCACCAAGAGGAGAGUGAUCAGAUCUGCUUGUACCAUAUUCGGAAAAGUUGUAGCUUUCAAGAUAAGUGCAAUAGAGUUCAUUUCCAUUUGCCGUAUCGUUGGCAAUUCUUGGAUGGAGGCAAGUGGAAGGAUUUGGACAAAAUGGAGCUUAUUGAAGAGGCAUAUAGCAAUCCUAAUAAAAACAGGAUCUUAUGUGCUGACUUGGUCAGUAUCUUUCGCUCUGAUUAUCUGAACUUUGAGUCUAUGAAGUUCGGCACUGCCCGGGCUCGCCGCCUCUCCACACCGUCUUCUGUCACCAAACCUCCACACUUCAUUCUCACCACGGAGUGGAUUUGGUACUGGACUGAUGACUUCGGUUCUUGGCAGGAAUAUGGAAAACAAGGCAUGGAGCAUCCCACAACCACCGUCAGCAGCAGCGAUUUGGAGAAGGCCUACCUGGCAUACUGCACACCAGGAUCUGACACCCAGGCAGCCAUUCUCAAGUUCCAGGCUGGAAAGCACAAAUACGAGUUAGACUUUAGAGUAUUUAUUCAGAGAAACCUGGUCUAUGGUACAUUUAGAAAGGUUUGUCGGAGACCCAAAUACGUGUCUCCUCAGGAUGUAAAGGUGAAGCAAACCAGCAAUGUCAAGUUUCAAGGCCCAAAGAGUAUCCCAGACCAUUGGGACCCCUCAGCCCUGCCAGAUCCCGGCUUUAAGCUGAUCACCCUCAGUUCUUUAUCAGAAGAAUAUCAGAAGGUUUGCAAUCUUUUUAACAAUACGCUGCCCUGCUACUAUGUUCAGAAGAUCGAGCGAGUCCAGAACCUGGCUCUCUGGGAAGUCUACCAGUGGCAAAAAGGGCAGAUGCAGAAGAGAAAUGGAGGGAAGGCGGUGGAUGAGAGACAGCUGUUUCAUGGCACCAGCACUGGUUUGGUUGACGCCAUCUGCCAGCAGAAUUUUGAUUGGAGGGUCUGUGGUCUUCAUGGCACUUCCUAUGGCAAAGGGAGCUACUUUGCCCGAGAUGCUGCAUAUUCCCACCACUACACCAAACCCGACUCGAAGUGCUACACGAUGUUCCUGGCUCGGGUGCUGGUGGGCGAGUUCACCCGAGGCAAUGCCUCCUUAGUCCGCCCCCCAGCCAAGGAGGACCAGGGCAACGUUCUCUACGACAGCUGUGUGAACAGCAUGUCAGACCCGUCUAUCUUCGUGAUCUUUGAGAAGCACCAGGUCUAUCCAGAGUAUGUCAUCCAGUACACCUCCAGCAAGCCUCUGGACGGGGCCUCCUCCCUGUUAUCCCUGGCAUCCUUUUUUGGUAUCCGGCAGUGAGCACGAGGAUGCAUUUCAUACCUUUCAGGCUUGUCUUCCUUGAAAUAGCUAUUUGGGAAUUUUUUUUUUUUUUUUAUAACAAAAAAGCUUUUAAUGAACUGUUUAACAUUGAUUUUUCAGUGAAGUUACCUUCUUAAUCUCUUGCUGAUGAUAGUUUUUGGUUUUAAGUAAUUUUUAAGCUUGAUAUGGGCUAACCAAUAGUGAUUGUAGGUGAGAUUUUUUACUAGGAUAAGUUUUACAUUUUACUAUUUUUGUUGACUUUGCUACUGAUUGGCACCAGGCACAGAGUUUCUAGUUAACUAUUUUAUGGAUUGAUUUUAAUUUUUAUUAAUUUCUGUCUAUCUCUAGUGAUUUGGUUUUUCAGGGUCUUGGUGGCAUUAUUCAACUUUUUAUAGCCUAUGUACAGAAAAACCUGUCUUGUGGCCUAGGGAGGUGCAGACAUGGUGUCUGUUGCUCUGGUUCUAAUCCAGGCAGCUCUUCUGCUGCUUCUCCUGGGCUCUGGCCUUGGAAUUGGUCCAUAUAUCACAUCGUCAGACACAUAGCUACUGUGGGGUGUCAUUCAGUCCCUGUGGUUUUCCUUUGUCAUGGGCCUAGUGCGUGAAUGCCUUUCCCAGCAUCUUCUAAGCGCACUGGACAUCCUCUGAAUAUGGGUUUUAUAUCUUCAUGAGAUUUGAAUACCUGUGCUGCAGAUGUCACAAUAUGGAAAUAAAAUAAUAUUUAUCUCAA